UAAGAUAUAUAUAAAACCCUCCCACAGCAGGCUGCGAAGUAAUUGCUUUGUCAGUUCUGACGAAUUCCCUUUCGGGGCAAUGGACACCGAGAGAAGCGAUGACGACUCCGAGCUGCCAUCUGGCAAGCCACAGCGGGUGGACAGGGGACAACAGACAGGGGAUUUAUCUAUUGAGACAAAUAUUACUCGUUGGUCGGAGGUGCCGCUGUUCUUUGACUUUGACGAUCUGCUGCCGGAGAUUGGAGAAUUCGGGCUGUAUCAGAAAAUCCUGUUUGUACUUAUGAUACCCUUCUGCUUCAUUGCCUCUUUUGUAUAUCUCAGCCAGAUCUUUAUGACACUCCCACCCGAGAAUUACUAUUGCUUUGUGCAUGAAUUGACGCUCAUUGAGAGCGAGGAGGAGCGCAAAAUGCUCUCGAUACCCAAGGAAGCGGAUGGCAGCUACAGUCACUGUCGCAUGUAUGAUCUCAACUACUCCGCAGUGUAUCUCGCCAAGAAUCGCAGCGAGUACAUAAACGAUUCUCUAGCCCAGUUGCCGUGUCGCCAAGGUUAUGUCUACGAUGAUCCUUUUAACUUUCGAACGGCUUCAAUGGAAUUCAAUUGGGUUUGCGACAAAGAUGCCUAUAGCACUUAUGCUCAAAUGAUUUUCUUUUUUGGCUCUGUGGUUGGCUGCUUAGGCUAUGGACAUUUGGCGGAUCGUGUUGGCCGUGUUUCGGCCUUGGUCAGCAGCUGUGGCUUGGCUUUGUUUGGCAGCAUCUUCAGCUCGGUAUGCGACAAUUUUGCGGGAUUUGUCAUCACACGGUUUGUGGUGGGCGCCUCCUUUGACACCUGCUUCACCAUGAUCUAUAUACUGGUGCUCGAGUAUGUGGGUCCUCGGUAUCGCACUUUUGUGGCCAACAUGUCGCUGGCCAUGUUCUAUUCCCCCUUUACCGUGCUUAUGCCAUGGCUGGCUUUCUACUCUGGCGAUUGGCGCAAAUUCUCUGGCUUGUAUGGUCUGGCCGUUGGCUUUGGACUGAUUGGCUUCUGUGUACUGCCCGAGUCUGCACGUUGGCUCGUCUCUGUGGGCAAAAUCGAUAAUGCCAUUGAAAUACUACAGCGUGUGGCACGUCGUAAUCGUCGCCAAGUGUCCAGACUCAAGUGGCAAACGUUUCGCGAGAGUUGUGAACAGUUUUACAGGGAGGAGAUCGAAGGACGUCACUUUACCAUUGCAUCGAUCUUCAAGCGAUCACGACUGGCGCGUUAUAUGGUGCUGAUGAUCAUCAUUUGGAUGACCAUUUCUCUGGUCUACGAUGGACAUGUGCGUGCAGCUAGCGUGUUGGAUCGAGAGAAUAUAUUUGCGGUAUUUAGCAUCGCGUGUGCAACCGAGAUUCCCGGUGAUCUGAUUGUCACCAUCACCUUGGAUCGCUUUGGACGUCGUUGGUGCGCUUGUAUUUCGACCGCUUUGAGUGGCGGUUUUAGUCUUUUGGCUGCCAACAUUGAUAAUCCCAUUUGGGUGCUGGCUGCUGCUUUGGCUGGACGCUUCUUUGCCAACAUUUCGUAUAACAUUGGACUGCAAUGGGCAGCGGAGGUGUUGCCAACUGUGGUGCGUGCUCAAGGUGUUUCCUUCAUACACACUUUGGGAUUUGUGGCCAUGUUGCUUUCUCCUCCGAUUAUCUACAUGUCUCACUUGUCCAUUGCCUUGAUGUUAAAUACGCUGGGCGUGUUGGGCAUCUUGGGUGGCUUGUUGGCUUUGUUUCUGCCUGAGACUUUGCAUCAGGAUCUGCCGCAAACGCUUAGUGAUGGCAAUCAAUUUGGCAAGGAUCAACGCAUCUGGCAUUUUCCUUGUUGUGGAGCCGGCUCCCGUCCUUCACAUCUAAACAAACACGACUGGCAUCAGGGCUCCAGCUUGAGGACUCUCUCGAAGGAUGAAUAUCGUUCCAGGAAACUGCAUCGCGUUGCAGUUGUGAAAACCCGACGUCGAACUACUCCCAUUGUGCUGCCUUCUAUGGUUAGUGAUGAUUCGACAAUUAUGGAAAAAUUGCAGAAAUCAUAUAGAUUUCUGCCUCCAUAUGCAAAGUGAUUCAAAUAUAAAAUAGAUCGAUUUUUUAUU